AUGAAUAUGAAAAUCUAUGAAGUUGUAAAAUUACUUCCUAAAUGUAAAAAAUUAAUGGAUGAUUGUGAAUACGAUUCAUAUCCGGCGAAAAAAAAUUUAUGCGAACAAAUCAGUAAUAAUAUUUUUAAACAUAGGGAUCCCAAAAUGCUUAUCAUAUGCGGACAAGCUAUGGAAUUUCUAUCUAAAUUAGUGUCAUAUUCCCACAAUAUAUUAAUGGAAGCUGGAUGUAAAUAUUUGUAUUAUUGGAUAUAUUAUAAACUUAAAUCAAAUAAUAAUAAUAUGUACACUAAUAGUCUUUAUCACGAAGUGACCCAAGUAUAUGGUGAACAGUUAAUUGGCAAAAAAUUUUGCGACAAAUAUAAAGAAGAAAUUAAUGAUGAACAAAUGUUUAAACUGAGCUUCUUGAAUGAAUUAUAUAAAUGUCAUAACGCUAAAAUUACUAUAAGAGAAAAUAAUACAGACGAAGUUAUUUGUAAAACGUUAAAUGAUAUAUUGGAUGAAUAUAAAACAAAAUUUGAAGAAUUUGUUUCAGCCAAAGAAACAACUGAAAAUGUAAAGAGUUCAUCAGUAAGCGUUCCAACGUAUCAAAAUAAUAUUAAAGCAGCUAUAAUAACUACAAUUAUCGUAAUGCUCUUAAUAUUCCUUUUAAUUUUUUUUAUUUUUAAGUUUGCGUCAAAUUCUUCAUAUUUUCAACAAAAAAUACAAAAGAUGAGAAAUAAAUGGAAAAAUAUUGAUAGUGUAUGUUCCAUAUUGAAACAAUCAGAAAUAAACAGAAAUAUUUCAUGGAAUAAUAGAUAUAAUAUAUCAUAUAAUAUUGACUAA